GGUUCGGAGCCUCCAGGUCGGUAACACCGUCUCUCGUGCGCUCUCGUCAGGUGACACUUAACCCGGAGACUGUGUGCGUGUGCGCGCGGCGGAGAGCUCUGAUUUACCGCGGGGCAGGAGCGCUCGGGCAGCUGCGGGUCCGGCCGGAGCUGAAGCUGCUGGUCUGAGUCUUCUACUUCUUCUCGGCCCCUUGGCGAUCCACAGUGGACGGGAGGUGAGAUCUCCAGCCGGAGACAGCGACGGCACGCGGACCGCAUUUCUGCUCUCCGUAUCUCUUCACCGUUUAUUCUCCGCUCUUUACAUUUUUACUCUGCGCACGCAGCGUUGCCUCCUCUCUGGGAAAUUCGGCGCGAGUUGGAGAAACUGUCCCCUGCGCGGAGCGGAGUUGAGUCGGAGGAAGAUUGUUCGUGGCACAGGCAGAAUUAUUGCGGAUUUUCACUGACUAUUCACUAGUUUCAGAAGAACUGUUGUUUUUGUUUUUUAUUAAUUCAAGCGAGUGAAGCGUGAGCGUUCAGUGCAGAGUAAACGAUCUGAGUGUUAAAACGCGAUCUGAUCAAGAAAUCGCUUUUUUUUAGAAGAAGAGACCUGAAAUUUAGUUUUAUUAUAAACUAUAAAAAGGACGGAGCUACAUCUGUGCGGAAAGAAGUGGUCUCUCAUCCCUUCACGAGCACAGCGUUUCACCAACACAUCCAUCAGAACCUUUACACCCGAGCCAGGAGGGACUGUAAUCGAUUUAGCUUCAUCGGAGUUGAAGAGCAAAUAUGCCGCAGGUGGAAAUGAUCCUCCUCCUCAUCCUCAUCAUUGGGAUGUGCGUGUACGGCCAGGACCCGGCUUCCAAGGUGGUGUCCGACCGCUACGCCGUCUACUGGAACCGGACCAACCCCAAGUUUUACCGGGGUGAUUACCACAUUGAUGUCUGCAUCAACGACUACCUUGACGUCUACUGCCCGCACUACAUUGGCCCGGUCUCUGACGAGCGGGCUGAGCGCUACGUCCUCUACAUGGUGAACUACGAUGGCUACAGCUCCUGUGACCACACUGCCAAGGGUUUCAAACGUUGGGAGUGCAACAGGCCUCUGUCACCAAACGGACCGCUCAAGUUCUCUGAGAAGUUCCAGCUCUUUACUCCCUUCUCCUUAGGCUUUGAGUUUCGUCCUGGCAGAGAGUAUUAUUAUAUCUCCUCUAUCACUGACGACAAGGGCAGAAGGAGCUGCCUUCGACUCAAAGUCUUCGUCAGGCCCCAAAACAAUUGUGUGAAAAACUCUGGGAGCGUGCAGGAAGGGGUCGAUUUUGACGACAACAGUCACAACUCCCUAGAACCCAGAGACGGCAUCGGCCACGAGUCACCAGAGCCAGCUCGAAGGGAUGUGAAUUCUGUUGGUCGGUGCCAGACUUCAGUCCUCCUGCUCAGCUCCGCCCUCAUACUCCUGGCUGCCAUCUUGUCUUUAUAGCGCCUAUAGUCUGAGGAAUCCCCCCAAGAAUGGACUGUCCUGAUUGGACCACAGGCCGGCCUACCCUUCAACCCCUCCCCUGAAGGAGCACUUUUAAAAAAAAAAAAAAAACACUGACAAACUCUCUCAGUGAAAAGAGAGAGAAAGGGACUUCAAUGCUGAAGCCUUUGUUGUUUGACUUUGACUUUGAAAAAUGCCAACUAGUGUGAUUCUUGACUUUUCUGGUGGGUGCUGAUACUCGAGGCACCCCAAGGUGAAAGAGUCUCUUACCUGUUCGCCUUGCUACUGUUCACAGUAUGCAGAUAUAACACAUUUAUUUGUGUUGAAGAGAAGCACACAUACUUGCUUUUAAACAUAUACAAACAUUGAACACAAACUACACAAUCAGUACACUCUUAAGCUUGAAUGGCAAAGAAGCACAGCAGGAUCCCUCAAAAGUUUACAUACUUUCAACAUUGUGUGUUCAGGAACAUCACGUAACACCCCUGACAUGUAACAUGAUUAAUUCUCACGUGAAAGUGGAAAAGGUUUCAAAGAAGAUCUGGGAGCGACACAUCAGAUCACAAGCCAACGCAAAGGAAAAACAAGAAGGAUGUUGUUGCUAGGAGACUGUUGCCAAGGGCAAAUGGAGUUACAGGACAGGCCUUUGAUGACUUAACCUUCCUCUCAGGUUAAAAAGGAUGCAUGGUCUCAGACUGUGGAGGACCCUUGUAAAGAGUAAAAACAAGAAAAUUUAAAGAAGCACUCUUCUUUUAGUGUUUGGAUAGGGGCGAUUUAAUGAUUGAUUAAUGUAUUUGUUUUUUAAUAAAUCACGUAAUUCAAUUGUAGCAGCCAACACGGGUGUACAGUAAAAUAUUUGAAGGGAGCCUAGAAGUCAACAUGGUAUUUUGCAAGGCGACAUGUAUUUUCCUAUUUAUUGUGAAGUCCUCGUGCUUUUUUCUGUUCUGGUUUAGUCUGUAGGUACAGUAGAAAGGCAAUAAAAAACUACACUUACCCAUUAAAGUUACUCCAUAUUACACACAGUUCAUCUGAUACAAUCAACAACAAACAAAAACACUGAGUAUAGAUUAUGUAUCUGUUUGGAUCGAUUGCUGAGGAUGGUUUUUAAUUGUUUUUUAACGAAGUCCAGGAAGAAAAAAAAGUCUGAUGUGCUAUCAGGACGUAGAAAUCGUAGAAUAUUUGUGUUUUGAAUCUGUCAUUAACGAAUGUCACAAAUGUAGUUUUACUAUUACACUAUUGCUUUUGUGAAUCACUGUCAUACACGACUAUUGUAUAUAGAGAAAAAGAUUCCUACAAAGUUCAGGGAUGUGUCCAUGCUUAACAUGAGGUAAAAAAAAAAAAGAAUGAUUAUAGUCUUUUUUUUUCUUAUCUUUUUUUUUAAUCGAGGGGGUUACUCUUCCUUGAAUAAAGCAGCACAAGUUUUCUGUGGCUAAAGAUGUUUCCGUGAGACAGUGACCAAGUUAUAGAGGAGGUGGUAGUAGUGUGUAUGUGGGGGUCCGGGGUUACGUGUGAUGUCUUUGAUGUCGUGUAAAGUGGCAUCUGUACAGAAAAUACACCAGGGGCACCCUCGCACCGGUUAUUUCUGGAAUGAAAAAUCGACCAUCAGGAGAGCUGGAAUAAACAGAGCGAGGUGUCCUGUUAUCUCUGGGGCAAACUGAAACUCUACCACCAGUAGACCUUAGAGAGGGAAAGAGAGGGAGAGUGAGAUAUGAAGCUUUGUGAGGCUCCUGCUGAGAUCAAUACACGUGGUCUUCUUCUUCUUUCUUUUAAUUUUUUGUGUAAGCAAAUACAUGCGGUAAACAUAUCCUCCCCACCCGUCAAUUGCAGCAACACUGUUACCUUCACAUGCACUCUUUGCCAAAUGAAACCACAGCCUUGCCAGUUUUACAGCUGAAAUAGAAGCUCUGUAGUACCUGCUUGUUUGGUAGAGUGCAAAGGAGUAUAGGACCACUUUUGGGCGGAAAAAACACCUCAGAUCGAGAUUAAAGUCAUCAUUUGAUAUAAAAACCAUAAUGAGAAGAGUCAGAAUUUUGAAAAGCAAAUAUAUUAGCAGAAUAAAUUUGAAUUUUACAAGAAAAGUAAUAAUAUAAGGAGAAUAAAACAACGCUGUAAUGAGAAAGCCUUAAUACUUUGGCAGUAAAGUUGUAAUUUUACAAGAAAAAUAAUGAUGAUGUGCGAGAAUAAAAAUUGAAUUUUAGAACAAAGUCUAAAGUAUAACAUCAUAAAUUUAAGAAAAAAAUCACAUUAUUACAAAAGUCAAGUUGUACUUUUACGAUAAUAAGUCAAAAUAUUAUAAGUAUAUAGCUGUAAUUUCAUGUAAAAUAGUAGGUAUACAAGAUAAAAAAUUAAUUUUCUAAGCAAACAUCAGAUUUUUAAUUCCCUUAACAGUGGCCCUAAUACUUUGUCACAGUAGCGAGACUGCUCGGUGUCAGGGAGGUCAAGCCCGAACUACUGAACAUAAAACUCUGGUGAUGUCAUCCAGAUGUCAUUAGGGACAGUUUUUCAGACUUUUGACAUUUUCACGGGCUGAAUUCUACUCUCCGUGACGCAAACUGAUGAGUUAACUCAGUGGAGCGCCCCUUUGAAUAGUAACUCACGCUCUCAGUUCACAAAUAAUUCGACAAGUUUGUGUUGAUAUUUCUCUCGUUCAGAUUUGCAGCAUUAUUACCUUCACCUCUCGAAAUCCUCCUCAAUACCAACCUUGUAUCACAUGAUCCCAGACUUUUAUUUGCUCUGUUUCACAGAUAAAUACCUAAGGAGCCUUCUCGUAUCUCAGUAUGAAAUCUGUAUAAACAUGUCAUUAAAUCUUAGCUGAGAAUGCUGGGGAGAUUUAAAAAAAAAAAAAAAAAAGGCGAUUACACUCUUAGCUUGAGGAAAUUUUGUCCCACAAGUUAAUAAUUGGAGCAUGUUGAGGGUGAGAAUUGCUUAGUUUUGGAAUAAUUUUUCAUUUGAGGGCACAAAUUACUACUUUAUCAAAAAGCUUUUCCUCCUGACACCUCUCAGCCUUCAUUAAUUUUUGUCUGGCCAACGAUAAAAGUCCACUGUCACUGAACUCAUUGCCUCUAUCCACGCCACAAUGAGAAAAACCAGUCAGUAAGUUUUGUGGAUACUAUGUAUCCAACAAUUAGCCUGUUGUAACAUACAGUGUAAGAUACCUUCUCUUUUUUUUUUCCAACACCUCUUUUUUAGGGCGAUUUAACUGACACAUUAAUGUUCUUAGCAAGAAAGAAAAGUCAAUGUUUGAUAUUAAGACAACGCUUUAUUUCAUUUUAUAUGUCUUUUAUAUGAAAUAGAAAAAAAACAGGAUCGACAUUGCACCCAUUAUGGGUAAAUGUGUCGAACAUGCAGUGUGGUUGGGUUACAAUCAUGGAUCAAAGAGCCUGAAGAAAAGAACAGAUGGAUCUCCAAGAGCUUGAAAAUCUAUUUUCCCUCCUCUAAAAAAAAAAACAACUGCCUUUGUUCAUUGUAUUGUUGCAUCCAAAGUGUCUUCAAGGUGCAGUCUGAUCUUUGUUUCCAUGGUCUCUCGCUAAUCUUCACCUCCAGCUGUUUCCAAGCCAAGCUGCGGUUAAGUUUGCCGUGACGAUGUUGCAGGAUUUAGGAAAUGCGAUUGACUUUUACUGGUGUUGAAACUUGAUUUUUUUGUCCAUGGCAGCAGGAGAUAGGCUGUUUCCACAUCAAAUUUUGAUGUCUCAUGUUUUUUGAACAAACUGUGCUACGAAGAGGGUGGGUAAUGUGUUCUAAGGACUUCUAAUUCACCUGAUUUUGGUACCCUGUAGCCUGAAGCUAACAGCACUGUGUCCCUGGCUUGCAGCAUCUGUUCUCUCCAUCGUCUGUAUCCUAAAAAAGGAUGUGUGCUUUUGUCUGUGCAUCUAGCAUUGGGAACGUUUUGUUACUUUAGCCACAGCUGUGUUUUUUUCCCAACGAAGACGUGGAUGUGCCACAAAACUGCACAUUUCUUUUAACAUUGUAGUAACUGUACCUUGUGCCUAUAUGAGCCCCAUCCUCUCCUGUACUCAUCUAAACUAUUCUACUGUCUGUUUCCUGCUCAGUUCCUCACUAGACUUUUCUACAAAAAGACUAUUUCUUUGUAAAUACACGUGUUGGAGCAGCUAUGACUAACUAAAACA